GUUAUCUCUCCCUUUCUCUCAGAGUUAUGGUAGAGAGGGGAACUUGUUAUUCCAGGUCUUUGAGUCACAAAAGAUAAUAACUUCUGGAGACCCCAUUGAAAAUAAAUGCUCAUCCAUGUGAGAGAGCCGGGAAAACAGGGGAUUCAUUUCAUUUUUUCUCGCGUGUACUCUGUCUUUCUUUCCCCUAUAUAUCAUCCUUCAUCACUCUCUCAGAUAAGCUUCACUUGUAACAAUUCUACAACUGUAGCCAAAACGACCAUUCCUUUGUGCUCUUAUGGUGAUGGAUGAGAUUAUCUUUUAUUACACACACUAAGAGAGUUUUGGUUUUCUUGGGGAAGAAAAAAUGGGUAGAUCACCGUGCUGCGACAAAUUGGGUUUGAAGAAAGGGCCUUGGACACCAGAAGAAGACCAUAAACUUUUGGCUUAUAUUGAAGAACAUGGACAUGGAAGUUGGCGUUCAUUGCCUGAGAAAGCUGGUCUACAUCGAUGCGGGAAGAGUUGCAGACUAAGAUGGACUAACUACUUGAGACCCGACAUCAAAAGAGGCAAAUUCAACUUGCAAGAAGAACAAACCAUCAUUCAGCUCCAUGCUCUGUUAGGAAACAGGUGGUCGGCGAUAGCAACUCACUUGCCAAAGAGAACAGACAAUGAGAUCAAGAACUACUGGAACACUCAUUUGAAGAAACGGUUGGUUAAAAUGGGGAUUGAUCCAGUGACUCAUAAACGCAAAAACGAGACUCCUCUUGGUUUGUCCAAGAACGCAGCCACACUUAGCCACAUGGCUCAGUGGGAAAGUGCUAGGCUUGAAGCUGAAGCAAGGCUUGCUAGGGAAUCAAAGCUUCUUCAUUACCAGACCAAAGCAUCAUCCCAUCAUGGAUUCACUCGUAAGACAUGGACAACAAAAACAAACCAAGGCAAUGCAGAUCAACAACAACAACUUGAAUCUCCGACAUCAACAGUUUCAUUCUCGGACAUGAAGGAACAAUCGACCGCGAAGAUGGAGUUCACUGGAUCAUCAUCCACGGGUCUGGCUCUGGUCAAAGAACCAGAAAACGACUGGAUCAGUACAACGAUUUUCGAAGGAGUCGAAGAAGGCUUCACGGGUCUGUUGUUAGGAGGCGAUACACUAGGACGGAGUUUCUCCGCCGAUAAAAACGAGAGGGAUCACGGUGAGAAUAGUGGUGGUGGUGAGUGCAACAACUACUUCGAGGAUAACAAGAACUAUUUGGACAGCAUUUUCAACUUUGUUGAUCCUCCACCUUCGUCCGAUUCUCAGCCCAUAUUCUAAGUCAAAGGUUGAUAUUUCUCCGGGAAUGUUUUUGAUUCUUUUAGUUACUUAGUAGUUGUAUGAACCAAUCAUAUGAUCGAUCUUUCAUAUGAGAACUUUCAGAAGAAAGAAUACAGUUCAUAAUCA